CCACGAUGCGCUGCCCAACCUACGAUCCCCAGGCGGAGUGCGCGACUGGUACACCAGCCCCUCGCUUGUGCGACAUGCCCGUGCCUCCACGGGCCCGCCGCAUACUUGGCUUCCUUUUGAAGCCACGAGUCGCUGCGCCAUUCUGCGACGAAUACUGUCCGUUGCCGGAUAAUGCGACUGGUGUGGACGUACAGGCCCACCUCAGCUAUAUGAAGAGCUACAUCCCCUUCCUGAUGGCCGAAAAGCAUGGACUGGCGAACUCAACCUCCGUCCUAGUGUAUCGGGACGGUGCGCGCCUGGCCAUGGCUUUCGCGCUUGUUCUGGCCGACACUAGGGCACCAUACCCAGCCCAGCGUAGGCCUCCCUCGCGUGAAGUCAUAGACGCCGUGGCUACUGACCUGGGGCUCGAGGGCGAUGAUCGUGAGCCUCGCUGGUACAAACCAGCCAGCUAAGCGCUACUCAGAUCAUGAUCAUAACAAGGUGCGCGAGCGGCGCUCGUUACAGCUCUCGUCCUGCUGGGUGCAUAGCUCGAUGUAUCACAUCGCUGGACCCGGCCGUAUUCCCUAUAUAGAUUGAACCCCCUUUUAGAACUGCUUGUACACGACUUAUGACUGCUUUUCUUCGAUGGAAGUCUCACCACAAUAUCUGAUGUGUUUA